UCAAAAAAAAUAAUAAUUGUUUCAUUUUUUUGACUAACGCCAUCUAUGAAUUCAAUAAAAUCGAUUCUGAUCCGUUGUGAUUUUUCAUUCCGAGCAAGCAAUAUAAUUAUUUCACUCAUAAAAAUAAUCAAUAAGCCAUGAUGGCACCAACAUCAAGAAUCGAUGAUGAAACUGAUGAGAUCAUUUUUCUAGGCAAACGACCUAGAACACAACCACCAUCAACUUCACCUGAUGUAGAAUUUGUCGGAGUAGUUAGCCGUUUUUCUAAUAACUAUCAAAACAAUUUUUCAUCACGAUCGCCUGCCACAUUUGAUGUUCAAGAUGUUGCACUCAAUUUAUCAACUCAAACACCAUCAACAUCAUUAUUAUCAUCACAAUCAUUUCAAACAGGACCAACACCAAUUUUAGAUUUAUCAUCUAUCAUUCUAGGAAAAAGUCUGCCUUCACCCGAAACAACAUCAUCAGCAUUAUCGAUUGAUAGCUGCGAAGAUCAUUGUAGUCGUUGCUCGAUUUGUUUCGAACCAUUUGGCGAUUCGGAUUCAUCUCAUCAUCUGGUCACAUUAAAAUGUGGACAUAUAUUUGGAAAUAGUUGCAUAGAAAAAUGGCUAAAGCCAAUUGAUCAACGAAAGUGUCCAACAUGUAAAAAACCAGCCACAACAAAACAAUUGAUCAAAAUAUAUGCAGAAAAAUUGCCCGCCAAUCAAUCGUUAUUGACCAAAUAUCAAAAUGCUAUAAAACAAUUAGAAAUUUACAAAAAUGAAGCUGAAAAAUUGAAAAAAAAGAUGAACAAAAAAUCAUCUGGAAAGCAAAAAUGAUUUAUAUUCCGCAAUAAUACCGUCAAUUUCUAACUUGUAACUUUUUCCCUUUCAAAAUUGUCAAACAUGGAA